AUGGAAAGUGUUUGUCUCAAGUGUGGCGAUGUAGGUUUUAUCGAGGCGAUAGUUUUUUGCAACAAGUGCGAGGCUUGUGCUCUUCACAGGUACUGUUUAGAUGGACCUGUGAUUUUUACUGAUGAAGUUCUAUGGUUUUGUGAGGAUUGUGAACCAGAGCAAAUAUCUCAAAAAACUAAACCCGCAAGUUUGGCCAAUAACGCACUCCAAACCCGAAGAAAACUGAAACAUUGUGUAAAGAGACUGAAGGAAAGAAAUCAACAGCACAAAAAGAAGAUUAAUGAGAAGCCGAAGAAUGGAAAAGUUAACUCUGGCAUGCAUAAUAUUGGUCAUGAACAAGAAACUGAAACAAAAAAUGAGUGUGAACCAGUUCCAUCAAUUGCACCAAAUACCAAUGUUGUUCCUAAAUCUAUUCAAGUUACUUCCACGGAUGACUUAAUUCCAUUAGAAGUUCAUGUGGAUGCACAGCCGAUUGUUGAACCAAUGUGGAGGGGAAAUUUGCUCUUCUGUGAUAAAAGUAAAACUAUCAGUACUGUCAACGGACUUCUGGCCCAUUUGUCCAGUUUAGCAUCCCCCAAAGUUCUGGAGGAGGCUGAUCUUUUCCCAGAAGUGCUUUCCGCGGAUUUGCUUCCCAGAUCUUCCGUGUGGCCUAAUAGCUUCAAAAAGGAAGGACCAACUGAUAAGAGCAUUGCUCUUUAUUUCUUUCCAGUGAAUGAAAGAUCAUCUAUAAGCGCCUUUGAUAAGCUGGUUGGUGAUAUCAUUCGGACUGAAGAAGCCAUAAGAGUUGUGACCGAAAAUGCAGUGCUUUUGAUUUUUCCUUCCACCUUGCUUCCAAUCCAACAUCAGAGAUUUCAAUCCAAGCAUUACUUGUGGGGUGUCUUCAAGAAAAAGCAACCUUCACUCGAGACAAAUGAUGCUGUGUGCUGA